AUGGCUACUAAACGCUUCCAUCUUAUGGGUGAAGACCCUUCAACUGCCCAAGAAAUUGAGAUUCCUGCGUCAUUGGACGAGCAAGGUCUUCAGCAUCUGGUGGCGUCACAUUUUGCAAUUGUUGAUCCAUCCGGCAUUGGUUUUGUCACCGAGUCUGAUGCUUUGACAACUGUCGCAGACGUCCUCGCUGCGGAUGACAUUUCCAUCACCAUCGAUGGAAAGGCUGUCCGUGAGGUCCCAGGCCCAAAAGGUCUGCCUCUUGUAGGCAAUUACUUUGAAGUGUACCCUGACCAUCUCGGUAACCAUCAACGGUUGUUCGAAAAGUAUGGCCCUCUCAUCAAGACCACCAACAUGGGCAGCACCAUUUAUCACACAAAUGAUCCCAAGCUAGCCAACAUUGUUUUCGGCGAGACAGACUUUUUCUCCAAGCGCAUCAUUGAUGGUCACCCUCUGUUUCCCAUCAAGAACAAGGAGGCUGGUGUUUUCGUUGGUGACACUGAUACAGAAGAGUGGAAAGAGGUGCACAAGUUUCUGCCUCCAGCUCUUGGCCCCAAGGCUGUGCGACAUUAUGCUCCUACCAUGCAAAAGACUGUUGAGGAUGCGUUCAAGGUUUUUGACGAACUUGAUGAACGCGACGAGGCUUGGAAUGUGUAUCCUUACAUGUUGAAGCUUGGAUCUCAGGCUGUCGGCAAGUUGGUGCUUGGUAUGGACUUCCAGCACUUUACCUCUCUUGAUGCACGACCUCAUGCUAUGGUGAUGAGAAUUGCGCAGUCUCUGGAACUCAACAAGAAGAUCACUUCAAUGGGCAGCUGGUACAAGAACCUCCCAUUCGGUGAUCCUCAACGUCUCCGGGAUGCUCGCGCACACAUGGAAUUGAUGAUGAAGGAAUCUGUCGAGAACGCUUCCAAGGGCGAGGGAGACUUGGAGCUACAGGAUGCUGCUGUCCAAGCCGAGAACAUGGUUGAUUAUGUCCUUCGUGCUAGCGACAGCAAGGGCAACAAGCUUCCUCGUGAGCGCAUCAUGGAGCCUCUUGUCGUUGCCACUGGUGCCGGUUUCACAACAACCAGUUCUCUUCUGUCGUGGCUGCUAUAUGGUCUCGUUGCCUACCCCGGCAUGCAAGAGAGACUUCUUCAAGAGAUGGUCGACAACGGCUUUGAUGAAAAUACCCAAAUCACUGCUGACCUUACCAACAAACUUACCUUCCUUGACAAGUACAUCAAGGAGACACAACGACGACACAACCCUUCAUAUCAACCCGCACGAACAUCAUCUGUCGACAUGAUUCUGCCUGGUGGUUAUAAGCUUCCCAAGGACUCUAUCGUCAUUCCCGCCCUUCACCACAUCCACAAUAACACCAAGAUUUGGGACAAUCCAGCUCUAUUUGAUCCUGAUCGAUGGGACACUGACCGUGUCAAGAACCGCCCCAAUGCUUCAUACAUUCCUUUCGCCACUGGACCUCGUAUGUGCGUUGGUUUCAACUUUGCUCUCCAAGAAGUCAAGGUCUUCCUGCCCAAGUUGGUGUAUCGAUACAAGUUCAGUCUUGCACAGGACGGACCUGUCGAGUACGAUCCAAUGUUUCAACUGAUUCGACCGAACAACCUGUAUGUGAGGGCAGAACGAAGGAUAAAGUGGCCUUCAAAAAGCGAUUAG